UAGUAAAUGUUGAUUAACUAUCCAGAUCGACUGUCAUUCUUUCAUCUCCGAUAACACAGAAGACAGUAGAUGGUUAACUGCAGUGCAGCCAAGGAAAUCGAAAGUAUAUCGUCAGAACUUCUACAACGUGUUGUCAACCAACAGAUUUUCUUCCUGGACUUUACUGGGUUUGGUCAUCAAUAAAUGAUUGCUAUAAUGUCUUCACCACAUCUGACAGAAUCAGUUCAGGACAAUCACAGCUGAGGAAUGAAAAUAUAAGAAUAUGUAAUACUCUACAUCAUUUGACGUAUGGAUUGAAUGAAUCUCGUGUAUUUUGUGUUACUUAAGAAAUAAAAAGAUAAGGAAAUAAAAGAAGUAAAUCAAGAUGUCAUCUCCCGAUUUUUUGGCGGUUUGUUGUGUAAAAAACGUUACUGAUGUGGAUUUAAAGAAAAUGGAAGAUGUCAUGCUGAUUGGACAAAUCAUGCUUAUUGUUACCAUGGUGAUGUGUAUUGUUUGCAUGUUUGGAGUGUGCUAUCUGGUUUUACCACGAGGAAAUCCAGGAUCAUCAAUAUUUCGGAGUUCCUCCAACAGGAUCUUGGCUGGACCAAAUCUUAAUAGCAUAAUCAGAUGUAUCGUAGCAACAAAUCUUUUGGCUACAUUGGGAUUACUGGUGCGGUGCAUAGUUUGGCUGGCUAAAGAAUAUCCCUCACCACAUUCUGUCAGCCUCGAUGGUAGACACAUAUUUUGUAUUGUAACAACAGUAUGGAUACAGUAUUUUUUCCUGUGUAAUUUUUUCUGGCACUUUCUUUAUGGAGUGGAAGCUCUCUUGGUGUCAAAGAAUAAAGAACUUAAUAUGGCAUUGAAGUACUUUGUUGGUUGGUUCCUUCCUGGUGUCUUUUGUAUAGGGGGAGCCACCGCCACAUACUUCUUUGGAAUUAAGAGUUGUAUGCCUAAAGACAAAGUGACAAAAGAUCUGAACUAUGUUAUAUUCCUGAGUCCAGUUCUCAUUGUGCUCUUACUAAAUCCUAUCUUCUUCUACAAAUCUGCCCAGGCAGCUAAGAGAGCACUUAUCUGGCACUACGGCCAGUACACGAUGACGGAAAGGAAACUUGUGGAUGCAAUCCACCUCAAGUUCAUACUGAUCUUGGCCACCUUUUCUGCAUGUUGGCUGCCAAAUCUAAUUAAUGCUACCAUCAUGAUAUCAAAUCCUUUCCUGUCUACAACAGCAGUGUAUGCCACAGUUGUCUUCAUGGGCCUAUUAAACCCACUGCAGGCUUUGUUCUCCUCUCUUGUGUUUUGGGGUAUUCCUAAAGAAUCUGUAAACUGGAGCAGAAUUUUCCACCUGAGUGAAUAUGCCUACCUUGAUUCGAGCAACAUCAAUGCUUCUCAGAGCCAUCAGUCAGCAUCAUCUCGUAGUGGCAGUGAGACAGAGCCCCUGAUCAGCUUCCGACGCAAAGAGCAAUUCUGAUUGAUGUAUCGUUUUAAUUGUGUUUAGAUAAAAAAGAAAUUGAAUUUCAUAUUUUAUUAGUUUACAGCACAACAAGCAAACUUGAUUGUUGUUUUCUCAAGUCAGAAGAUUCACUUUACCACUUUUAUAGCUUGGUCCUAGAAAGUCCUCACCUGACCUCCUGGAAGUAGGGCACAGUAAGUACUUUAUAACUAUGGCAUUGUUACUAAGUUUUAUUAAAUUGAAGUCUCUCAUUUAAUACUGAUGAAUAGAGUGAUCAAAAUGAUCAACUAGUAACAGUUGAUUUUAUUUUAAUAGCACAUUCUGUAUAUCUGAAGUAUACUGUAUUGCAGUUUAGC